GUCCCCCAAGUCACUCCUUAAUUAUUCCACCCGUUUCGGUUUUACCAGUCUCAUCCUCAAGGGUUUUAUGCUCUUCUUCUCUAAAACCUUCUACCGUUUUCUUUUUUUAUUACAGAUUCCAGAAGCUUUCUACAUCGUCAUGCAAUUUUUUCCACAGAAUACUCAAUAGAGGUGAAUUCUUCUCCAUGUCUGAUAAAUCAAAGAGGCAGAAAAGAUGCUUCGUCAGCGACGAAGAUGUCUCCACUCUUUUACAGAGAUACGGCCCGACAACUGUGCUGGCAUUGUUGCAAGAGGUCGCGCAGGUGAGGGAAGUGAAUAUUGAUUGGAAUGCGUUGGUGAAGAAGACCAAAACCGGGAUUACGAAUGCCAGGGAGUACCAAUUAUUAUGGCGUCAUUUGGCUUACCGCCAACCAUUGGUGGACGGAUUGGUUGAUGGGGCUCAACCUCUGGAUGAUGGCAGUGAUUUAGAGUAUGAAUUGGAAUCUUACUCGUCAGUAAGUAGUGAAGCAUCAAUGGAGGCUGCAGCAUGUGUAAAGGUAUUGAUUGCUUCUGGGACACUAAAUGAUUCACACAUGUCAAAUGGCAUGACAAUUGAAGCUCCAUUGACUAUAAGUAUACCUAAUGGACAAAGACCUGAAAGUAAUAUGGAUACUUCACCACAAAGUAUUCCCAUGCUGGGGUCAAAUUUUGUUGUUCCAGUUACUGUGCCAAAAAAUCCACUGCCCAGUGUGAUAUCAACCAAGGGAUUAGAUGUCAAUGGAGCAUCAGGUGCAAAUUUACCUCAACGAAAAAGAAAACUGUGGUCUGAAACAGAGGAUAGAGAUCUUAUUGCAGCGGUGAAAAGACAUGGUGAAGGAAAUUGGGCUAACAUGGCGAAUAUGUAUUUUAAUGGUUACAGAACAGCUUCACAGCUAUCUAAGAGGUGGGGCAUUAUUAAGAAGCAACAAGGUCCCUUGGUUGGGAACCAAUCAAAACUCUCAGAAAUUCAUUUGGCUCAUCAAGCAGUUAAUCUGUCUCUUGAUGUGCCUAUCAGGGAUAAUCCGAAAUCAGCAGCUUGUUCAAUCAUUAGCGAGGGCGGAAAUGCAAAUGUUGCAUCCAACUUUGGUGCAUCAAGUGUGUCAUCAAAGAAAGGACAGCCUAAGAAUGCUUUCAAUAUCGUGCCUAGUGGAGGUUUUGUAAACAAACCAUCUCUACCUGCCAACACAAAUGCAUUUCUGAGUAACGUGCAACAUCAUUCUGCAAAUUUGGCCUCACCUAACCUAGUCAGUAUGGUCUGCGGUCUUAAAGCUUCAACGAAGGUGGCCUCAACUGACACUCAAACAAAUCAUGUUGCUGAACUUGGCAUAAAAACUUUGGAAGAUACCGCAGCUCUUUCUGGCUUGGAAAUUGCAUCAUUAAAUGAAGCUAGUUGCCCGGGCUUUCCUUUCAGAAAAGACCAAAUUGCUGCUUGUGUGAGAAAUUCACUGUUGGAGCAUGAUGAAGGGAAGCAAAUUGCUAUUCCAGGGGAGCCAGCAAGAGAGGAAAAUGAAAAACAUAGUUUUUCAGAUGACAAACUCAAGGAGAACAGUAAAGGGAUUCAUAAAGCUUUAGUUGACUCUAUUGCUCCAAGAUUAAAUAGUCAAAGUCAAACAGAGAAACCUAAAAUUGUUAUGUCCUUCAAUAAUGGAAACCACGCAAAAAGAAGCUGUUCAUCAAAGACGAAUAAGGCCGCAACUGAUAUUUCUCUCAAUGAUGAACCAUGCUGGGGCCGAGUGUAGAACAAAAAAUAACAACAGUGCAUGCUCGAAGAGAAAAUGACAAAUGGUGUGCUGAAGGACGUGUCAAGUUUGAUUGUUUAUUUAAAAAAGGAGUAAAUGGAGUAUUUUUACCCAAGCUGUACAUAAUGUUUGAUUGUUAACCCCCCACCCCCCACUCCAAACACACACAUGCGGUCAGGGUCAGGCACACUUUACGUAUCACUUUGGGUUUGUACAUGAUGUAUAGUGGUGUCAUCUACAUUGUGUAGGUUCUUGAAAUUUUGAAUUGUUUCCUAUUUAAUGAUAACAUGUGAGUGGAU